UGGCGUAUGCAAAUACGUCAAGGUCCCAAUGGUCAAAUCUUGCACAAAACACACUCAGUUAGGUCAACGUUGCAAUGUGGCUGCAUCAGUCACAGAAGUUACUCCGAUGCUUCCUUGCCUCUCUUCACCUUCCUCCCAUCUUCCACUUGUCCAUUCCCAAACUCGUCUUCCCUUGUAUCUGAUCCCAGUUCAGGUACUUUGUUCUCUUUUCUCUUUUCUGUUUUGGUUUUGGAUCAGAUUUUGUUCAGAUCAGGCGCAAUCCCAGCAGCAGGUUCUUCUGAAAUCUCUGGGUUUUGCUCAAACAUCGUCUGCAGGUCAGUCUUUUGGGAAUUGUCUGAUGUUCCCGGGAUUCUUAUCCAAAUCCAAAACUAUGGAAGACAAAUCCAUUUACAGCAGCAACAGAAUCAACACGUCACCCAUCAAACCGAUCCGUACCGACAUGGGUUCCAUCUACUCAGCCGAUCUGAGUUCUUACAAGUCAGCGUGUAGACAAGACCCCGACUUGAGAUCCUUCGACUCAUCGCUUCACCUACGCACAAACCGAGUCAUCAGCUCGAUCGCCUCCCGGGCCGAAUCCCAGUCUCUGUCCUUCGACUCGCUCAUAGACGUCUCCGGAUGUCUUCUUGAAAUGAACCAAGAGGUCGUCAGGUUCAUCAUUGAAAGCAGAGAAGACGUGUGGGAAAACAAGGAGCUGUCAUCUUUGGUGAAUGCUUACUUCGACAGUACGAUAAAGACCCUAGAUUUCUGCAACGCUGUGGAGAAUUGCGUAAGAAGAGCGAGGGUAAGCCAGAUGAUUAUUCAGUUCGCUGUGAAGCAGUUCGAGAUGGAAUCACUAGACGUUGAUAGAGGAAACAACAAGUACUCCAAAACGUUGGAAGAGCUCAACAAGUUUAAAGCGGCGGGUGAUCCGUUUGAUGAAGAUUUCUUUACCCUGUUCGAAUCUGUCUACGAACAGCAGAUUCUGCUUCUGGAUCAACUUCAUAAGCAAAAGAGGAAGCUUGAUAAGAAGAUGAAGAACAUAAAAACGUGGAGAAAAGUGUCGAACGUUGUUUUCAUGACAGCCUUUGUCUCUGUCCUGAUCUUCUCGGUGGUUGCAGCCGCUGUGGCUGCACCGCCUGUUGUGACUGCAGUGGCCGCUGCAUUGGCUGUUCCCAUUGGCUCAGUGGGUAAGUGGUGUAACUAUCUGUGGAAGAAGUACGAGAGCUCUGUUAAAGGGCAGAAAGACAUCGUCCUGUCGAUCAAGAUUGGGGCCUUUGUCACCAUAAAGGACAUGGACAACAUACGGAUACACGUGGACAAGUUGAAGAUAGAGAUGGAGUCCAUGUUGCAGAAAGUGGACUUUGCCCUCAAGGAGGAAGAAGAUGUAGCUGUAAGGCUUGCGAUCCACGAGAUUGGCCGGAAGUUAGACGCUUUUGCAGAGAAAAUAGAGGAAGUGGGCGAAAAUGCAGCAAGGUGUAGCAAAGAUAUCACAUUGGCCAGAACCAUUGUUCUAAGGCAUAUCCUCAGCUUCCCCUCCAGUUCAAGCUUAGAACAAGGGAACUGGAUUGAGGAGGUGACAUUGUGAAGGAUUGUAAAAUGUUCUUUGCGAGGAGGUUACUUCUUACUCGAUGCUUAUAUAUUCACAAUAGUUUUUUGCAGAGAUCUCAAUGUGUUCAAUUAUGUAACCAGUGCUGUACAAUUUGUAUUGUCAGUGAUAAUUCUUAAAAUGGAAAUAAAACCAAAUUACGAAUC